AGGAGGAACUAGUGGUGGAAAAAAAAAAAGUUAAAGUGAAAAUGGCUUCCUUGUCUUUGGAGUCUGCAGAACAAUCUGAGAACAGCCCAGACGAGCCAACGGCCACGGACGCCAAAGAGGAGAACGAUCCGCUCCAAGUUUCGGAACAAUUGCUCCAAAGUUUCCAAAAGUCGGCGCUGAGUUUUUCCACUGACCAAGUAUCAUGUCUGUGCGAGGCCCUUCUGCAGGCGGGCAAUGUGGAUCGCCUGUGGAGAUUUCUAUCCACCAUACCUCCUUCGUCCGAGCUGCUACGUGGCAACGAGACCCUGCUAAAGGCCCAGGCACUGGUGGCUUUCCACCGAGAGGAAUUCAAGGAGCUGUACGCCAUCCUGGAGAGCCACGACUUCCACCCGUCUAACCAUGGGUUCCUGCAGGACCUGUACCUCAAAGCCCGCUACAAGGAGGCGGAGAGGUCCCGGGGCCGCAGCCUGGGCGCAGUGGACAAGUACCGGCUCAGGAAGAAGUUCCCCCUGCCCAAGACCAUCUGGGACGGAGAGGAGACCGUGUACUGCUUCAAGGAAAAGUCUCGCAAUGCCUUAAAGGAGUGCUACAAGAGCAACAGGUACCCGACUCCGGACGAGAAGAAGAACCUGGCCAAAGUCACCGGACUGUCGCUCACACAGGUCAGCAACUGGUUCAAGAACCGCAGGCAGAGAGACAGAACCCCGUCUGGAACCCACAGCAAAAGCGAGUCUGAUGGGAACCACAGCACUGAGGAUGAGGCGAGUCCGAUGGAUGACACCUCUGACAAACCAGAGGAAACUUCUGGCUCCACAGCUUCCAUCAUCUCUGUCUCUGCAGUCCCUUGUAGCACAGGAGGCCAGCUCAUCCUCAACGGGUCCAGCGGUUUCCUCACAGCCUCUCAGCCGUUACUACUCAAUGGAAACUCUCUCAUCUCCAGUGCUGGUGCUGGCGUCAUAAUUAACGGGCUAAGCUUGGGCGAUUGCCAGGCAGUCACACUGAGUCCCGUUGCAACCAACUCUUCUUUAAUACUGAAUGGGGCUCAAGUAAUAACCAAACCUGGUAUCAGUGUGCAACAGCCGCAGCAAGCAGUUUCUGUGGCAGAGCAAGGAGUGUCAGCCAUGGAGGCCAAGCCAAACAGUCUUCCAGCAGUUGUUCUUAGCACUAACACCACACCAGUCUCAAACCCUUCAUCAGUCAUUUCUGUUCCUCUGCACAUCAAGACAGAAAGAGGCAAUGCAAUGGAUUUCAUCAGUGUCCCUGAAACAGAAAGUAGCAGCCAGACAGUAUCCUCCUCUUCUUCAUCUUUAUCGCCAUCCUCACCAACUCUGUCCUCCCCAACCACUCUCCCUUCACUAGUCUUAACACAAAACUCCCAACGCCAGGAGCCCCACACUCUCCCAGCCUCUAUCUCUGGUGCUAAUGUGUCUCUUCCCAGCCAGCAAGAGGAGUAUGUUGUUGGUGCCACUGCCAGCUCCCAACUAAACCCUUCUAGCUCUGUGAUUUCCUCUAGCAACUCCACCCCUCAGGUCAUCUCUUUGCCCCAAGUUGUGCCUUCCAUCCAGGGAAAAGCAGUAUCCCAUCUGGUCCAGCAGUCUUCAGGAGCUCAGGUCUCCCAGUGCCCUCAGUUGGUCCCAGUGUCCCCCCUCACGGCCGCAACUUCUCAGUUUCAGAGCCUGCAGACUCUGAACCCAGCCAACAGACUAGCACAACAGCAGCAGGAUGCUUCUACAACUAUGUCUGAAUGUGCCACAACCAUAGUUUCCAUCUCGCAGCUUAACAGCAGUCAGCUCCCACAGCCAAUGCUGCAACAACUCGGGGAGCAAACCAUAAACUCUACACCCAGCAAAAUCCAAGCCCCGCAGGUCAUCUCCAUCUCUUCUCCAACACAAGUAGUUCCAGUACCCCAGGCCAAAGGCAGCACACCAACACAGUUAGUCCCACUGUCCAUGCCUCAGCUGGUCCCAGUCUCCUCCAUCCAAACGUCAUCCACUAUGUCUUUCCCUCAAGUGGUACCUGCCAGCCCUUCUCUCACCAUCCCCUCAGCUGGAGUGCCCUUACAGAUCCUGACUUCACCUCCUACUGCUGGAGGAGCUGCACAGGGUCCUGUCAGGAUAAACCAGCUGAGGCCCAUUCAGACUGUGGGUUCCCCAACCAGUGUGGCCCCUGCAAUGCAGCUCCUAAACUCUGGAAUCAUUCAGCUACCUUCUGCUCCUCCAGGUAACCUCCUCCUCGGUGGAAGCCCCUACCUGAGUGUCCAGCAAGGCAAGCUGAUUCUGACCAUCCCAGCAGGCAUUCAGCUCACCAGUUUGCCCCUGAAACCAGUCCCAGAUGCUUCACCCAUCUCUGCAAAUGGAGCGAGUCCCAUUCUCAACCCCUCUACCCCUCCUGUGACCUCCCAGCCUUCAACCACCUCAGGUUCAACCCUAAGUGGCCUCACAUCGUCCCCCCUAAACUUCAUCAACUCGUCUCCACCGUAUUGUCCUCCAGAGACUGCAAUCGCAACCAGUCAGACGCCUGCCGUCCCGUCCCCUCAUACAUUGGACCAUUUAGUCGCCCCCACAACACUGAACACUCUCACUCCAGAAAGCAUGCUCACCCUCAGUCCCAUGUACAGUGGAGUGACACCCAAUGUCCACUUGUCCCAGCCAGCAUGGAGCCCGGUGCCCCUCUCCACUUCAGGCAGUUUAACUCUGUUUGACGUGCGCGGCAAGGGGGACCUACCCGUAGAUCCGGCUUUGUUAGGCCUACCUGGAGGAGAGUCGCUUCUUCUGGGAAGCCCCUCACCAGAGCAGGAUGUGGAAACAAGCUCCCCACUGGGGAAUCCAGAGGAGAUGGAUGGGGACUCCAAGAUCCUGACUCAGCUGCAGUCUGUCCCUGUGGAUGAUGAGCUGGGCUUGUAGUCUGUUUACAGCGUGAUCCCUGACAACAAAAGUGAUGAAACGUACACUAGACUUUGCAGUUUGUUUUGAAAUGACCUGAAAUAUUCGAUUCAUCAUGGUCAAUCAUUUAAGAUCUACAUGUCUUCUACAACACGUUUUAAGUUUUGGCAUGCACAACAAUGCUUUCUUAUCCCAUCAUGGUCCUCGCUGGCACUUUGGAGUCCUCUGCAGCUCUAUCACAUAUGGAUGGGCAGGAUCAUUUGGAAUAUUCACCUGCUGGUUCAUCAUCAGAUUAUUCUUCUCGGUUAUAAGUAAAUUAAUUUUGUAUCUCAGUGUUUUUAACUGAAUCUGUUAGUGCCUUACUGGUUAUAUCAGAUCCAGACAGAAGAAAAAAAACGUGGAUUAGUCUGGUUGGCCCACUGAAAGGUUCUGGUGUUUUAAAAAAAAGACUAUAUUAUACAACAAGACAUGGCUUUGCCUGUUCUCUCGGCUCUUCUUUGCAAUUUUGUGGACUACAGACCAUAUUCAGCUGUACUACGUCUGGGGUUUUUGCUGGCAGAAGAAGUAGCACAUUGUGGAUCCACCACAAUGGCGAUAAACCAGACUGUCUGGCAAAGAGGACCAUUUUAAAAUAGUGCUCUGCCUUUCCGAGAUAUUCAGGAGGUUAGCUUUCUUUUUCCUACUCAGAGCCUGGCUCUGUUAUGUUACCAACACUCCAGGAAGAAUGUAUUCCUGACAAACCAUGGAUGAGCAGGUAGAGUUUUAUGUGAAACUAUUACCAUUAAUACAUCAUAGCUUCAAGAGCUACACAACAGUAUUUUGUUACUACAAGUUACUGAAGUCAGGGUUGAAACAUGCAGCCUGCAUUUUAUCAGUAAUCUGGUGUUCAUUACGUUCUGCAGUUUUCAAGUGAGAAUUCUGCCCUAUGACAGUAAAACUACAGCACAGGAAAUAAAGGUUCAUGAAAGGGUUUGUACUCUAUGCAAUGUAUGUUUAGCUCUUUAUCGGACACUAUGUCGCACAACGGCUGAGUCAGAAAGCCCGUACAUUUGGGAGAUAAAAAGAAGCUUUGAAAUGCUGAGCUUCUAAAUGAAGCAUGUCAGUGCAUUACACUAAAACAUUUGCUGUGAUCCAACUGAUAUUUCUUGUAAAAUGCAUUCAAAAUCUCAGUAUGUUUAUACUGAUAAGUGCCUUAUUUUAAGCUUAGUUUUUUUUUGUUUUUGGAAAAAUGUUGUGACUUUUUACACUAUUAUUUUAUGAUUGCCAUGUACCCGACCAAAUUGCUUGAUUCACUUAAUAUGGACUUUUUUUUAGAAGACCCACAUUUCUGUAGUUUGAUUUUCAGUGAAACACAAUGUGACACAUUUGGUAGUCAUUAGCUCGGUUUUGUGUUUUUGUAUAUUUUGCACAUUUCAUUCACAUGUUUACGCUGCACUGCCAUGGUGCUAUGACGGUGAUUAUAGUCUGUUCUGAAAUUUUAUAUUCUUUUCUAAUUGGACCUUAAUAAUUGCCGCUGGACAAGAUACAUUUAAGAGAUAAAUCAGAAAACAAGAUUUUCCAAUGAAAUCCAUUGAAAACAGAUGGAAUAAAUCUAGCUGGAUCUAAAAUCAAGUGAGUUUUCUGUCAUUAUACAGGUAGCUGCCAAGCAUUUGGCCAUUUAAGGUACACAAAAAUACACUUGAGUGUCACAUCUAGUUACAAUACUGGCCUGUGCGUGUUUUAUUAGUGUUUGUUUGUCUCUUUUGUACAUUUAAUCUAUUUAAAGCAUGUAUCAAUCAGUUUGUAGUUUCAACUGAAAAAAAUGAGUCCUUGUGAAAACAGGAAAUGAUGUUCAUUUUCACUCAGAAGGUCACGUUGUAGUGCAACCUGAGUUUUUACAGUCUACAGGUAAUAAACUAAUUUAGAGGUCACCAGUGCUAAAUUUUGAAAUGGGUCACCCCCUGUUGAUAAAUGUUAGGGUCAUGUAUUCCCAGUGGCCUUUCAGAAUUGUAUCAAAUGGCUUUGACAAAUCAAUUUUGCUGAACUUGUAGUUAGACAUAAAAGGGAAAAGUGUCCAUGUGUUGGCUUAUGUUUAUUUUAGCCAUUUCUUACCAAAGUAUGUUGACAUUAAAGCCUGUGAGGGCUUAAGCACAUUUGUACCCACACGUUUGUUUGUAGCCUGGGAUUUGUUUUUACUCUACCUGACACAUAACAUAUACAACUCCAGAUUUAACCAAAGAUAUUGUAUGUUGAUCGACAUUUUUUUUUUAUAGUUUUGAAAGGGAUCAUUUGUGUCUGUCAUUCAUUCAUAUUUGUUUUCUCAUUUUUGUAUUCAAAUGCAUUCUAUUUUUUAUAUUACAUGAUAUUGUAAUAAACUACAUUUAC